AUGAUGUGCAGAGGGUUCUCGAUCACACUCAUAGGAUCCACUCAGAGUUGGUACUGUCAACUCAAGCCUAAUUCCAUUGGUUCCUUCGCGGAGCUUAGCCAAUUAUUCCUUACCCAGUUUAUAAGUGGUAAGAAGAGUCGGAAGCCGAAUACUCACCUGUUCACCUUCAAACAAGAUCCUAAAGAGUCACUGAAAGACUACAUCACUAGCUUCAAUGAGGAAGCGUUACAAGUGGAAGACUACGAUGAUAAGAUGACACUCUCUGCCGUGUUCGGGGGUCUAAAAGAGGAAAAGUUCACCUUCUCUAUUGGGAAGAAUCCGCCAAAGACGUUAGCUGACCUCAUCGCCAGAGCUCAGAAGUAUACUAACGCCGAAGAAUUCUCCAAUGCCCGCAAGAAUGUUCAAGUGACAGAGCCGACUGGUAAGGGGAAGAGACCAAGGAACGAAGAAUUCCAGCCAUCCAUGUGUAUGAAGGUCGACCCCGAUCAUCGAGACAGGUGCAAGUACUGUCGCUUUCAUCGGGUUCACGGCCACAACAUAGCUGAUUGCGUGGAUCUCAAGGAUGAGAUCGAGACCCUUAUUCAUAAGGGACAUCUACGUCGAUACGCCAAGGGAGAAAGAACCACUCAAAAAGAAGAGCGAGAACAAGAACAGCCAAACAACCCCCCGAAGAGCCAACCGAAAUCCGCACCAUCUUUGGUAGCUUAUCUAAUAGAGGAGACUCAAAUCGGGCUCGAAAAGCCUACUCUCGAAAGUCUGAUCCGGAGCAUUACGUCCACUUGA